AUGCGGGCUCCGGCCCCCCUGUGUUUGCUGCCAGGCAUGCGCCGCAGCCCCGAGCGGGAGGAGCAGUGGCGUUUUAUUCCGGAGGCCCCUUAUGGGAUUUUGGCUUCGCGGCAAAACUUCGCGCGGAGUUUCACAGCCAAAGACAAGGCCUGGAUAGAGAAAGUCAUUGAAAACCGGCGCCGCCGCGCUGCGCAGAAGCAGCAGCAGCAGCAGCAGCAGCAGGGCGCGGAGACGCAGGCCCGCCCAGCAGCAGCAGCAGACACAGCAGCAGCAGCAGCAAACACAGGAGCAGCAGCGGAUGAGGACCCGCAGAGGCCGGGUUGCGCAGAGGAGCCGCUGCCAGGGGAAGCUGGCCCCCCGGGGCCCCCGGAGUGGGGGCCCCCCAUAGGGGAGCCCGGGGAGGUACUGCCCCCUCCCCCCCUUCCAGCCCGCCCCGGGGGGCUCCUCAUGACUCCCGAAGAGGCUUAUCACCGCCAGUACGCCCACGUGGCCCUCCCGCUCUCCACGGGCUGCGCAGCCCCCAAACUGCUGCUCCCCAAUAGGCUCCAGCUGCCCCCCACGCCUACCCCUGGGGCCCCCCGGGGGCCUCUGGGGGCCCCCGGGGGGGCCCUUCGGGAGGGGGGGCCCCCCUGGCCGGUGGCCUACCGGCAGCUGGGCCAGAGCGACCUGUACGUGUCGGAGGUGGGCCUGGGCACGAUGUUCAUGGGGGGCCCCCAGGGGCCCCCAGCGGGGAAAGGGAACUGCAACAAUCCCAGCGAGCUGCUGAGCUAUGCAGUGGACGGGUGGGGGGUAAAUUUCAUCGACACUGCGGAGCUGUAUCCGCUUCCUGCUGCUGCUGAGUCCUUCGGUGCUGCGGAGGAGAUUGUGGGGAAGUGGCUUGCUGCUAGGGGAGCAGCAAAACGCGCGGAGCUGGUGCUGGCUGCCAUACCCCCUGGGAGUGCUGCACUGACUGCUGCUGCAGCGCAGCAGCAGCACCCUAGCAGCUGCAAUGGCAAGGAGCAGAAAGCGGCAGAGACAAAGACGAGAAGAAGAGAAACAAAAAGGAAACAGAAAACGAAAAGGUAA